GUCAGUCCCAGGCUGGAGCGAACUUUCCUGCUUCGUCCAGCAGGUGUCGGCAGCACAGCCAACUCACAGUAGACUUCAAGCCUGAGUGAGCUUCACUGAAGUAGCUCCUAGGAAAGAAAUUCAGCUUUGGAACGAAAGGGCUGCUGGGAAAAUGAGCAUCAUCAUUGAAAGCAUCACUCCUAAGCUGGUUCUAAAUGUCGGCAAGAUCACGCUUGGGGUGAAAAACAGGGAGGAAAUGAAAAAAUCUGACAGGAUGAGGAAACAGAACAAAACCAUUUUAACAGCUCUGUGUGCUCUGCUGAACUCUGGAGGGGGAGAGAUCAAGGCUCAUAUUGAAAAUCAAGACUAUAGCCUCACCAAGCACGGAAUAGGACAAGAUUUGGAGACCUCCUUGAACGCUAUUGAACCAUCUGUUCAGAAACUAGACUUCAAGCAAGAAGGAGGCUGCAUUACCAUCAUUGUAAAAGCACAGAAUCUGGGUAUCUCUGGUGGGCAGCCUGCCACCAGGGCAACCAAUUUGUACAGAAGAAAUGGGGCGUCUUCAGUUCCAAUGGACUUGGAUACUGCUUGGCAGUUCUUUGACAAAAUGAGGGACGCUGGAGAAAGAUUACGUUUAGCAAGAGAGGUGCGUGGAAAUAGUUUCAGAGAAGGCGUGCAAGAAGAACGUGACGGGCAAGAGUUGGCUGCUGCUUUUUUUAAAGAGACAAAAGUUUCAAAAGGGUUGGAAUUCCCCUUUAGCGAAUCAAAAAAUGUCGAAUAUAAAUUAUUUCAAACAAAAAAGUGGUUACAACGCGUCAAAGAGAUUCUCCCUAAAACUGUCUCUGCUUUUGCAAACACUAAUGGGGGAUAUUUGUUUAUUGGUUUGGGUGAAAAAAAGCAGCAAGUAGUUGGUUUUGAGGCAGAGGAGGGUGAUCUUGCGCAGCUGGAGAGCGAAACAGAAAAGUGCGUCCGACAGCUGCCUGUCACUCACUUCUGUGAGGAGAAGGGGACCAUAAAGUACACAAGCAAAUUCAUCGAAGUGCACGAAUCUGGAUCUGUGUGUUCGUAUGUCUACGCGCUCAGAGUGGAGAGAUUCUGUUGCGCGGUGUUCUCUGCAGAGCCCGAUUCCUGGCACGUGGAAGACAGUUGCGUGAAGGGCUUUGCUGCGGAGGAAUGGGUGAAGAGACUCUUGGCCUCAAAAGCCGGCUCAGAAAGGGGAAUUAGCAACUAG